GUUUGCGGCUCUUCCGCCUCCGAGGAUGACACCUUUCUUGAAGACCCCGGCUCGUGAUGCUUCAUCUACAGUUCACAUCUCGUUUGAGGUUGGGAACAGAACUACUAGUAAUCAUUGUUUGUCUGGCAUCCCUCUUCGAGUCUCCCUGAACCCCAAGACACCGAAUCAUCAUCUACAUUCAACAUGGCAGUUGUUAUUGCACCUAGCAUGGCGUCGACGAAAGAGAACACCGGGGCUUUGCCCAAGCGGAGGCUCACCAAGGAGGAGCUGACCAAAACACACAAGACGCACCUCAAGAAGCAGGACAACUCGCCACAUGCCCCGAGGCCAGUGAAGCAGCCUGUCAUGGCGGAUGCGUAUCCGGCAUCGUCCAAGUCUAUCAGGGAACUUGAGAUUAUCCCAUUAACUGAGCUCCAUGCGGGGGCACAUCACCGGGGCAAAGGGCUCGUUGUCAAGGCAAUCAGCGCUCCGUUUGUGGGUGCUGGUGCGGUGAGCAUCGUGGAGGAUGAGUUUGGAAACGCCGACAAGUUGGCCAUCUACAACCAGGCCGACUCGUCGAUUCUUUCUGGUGUCCCCGAGGGGUGUGUGGUUGCCAUCAAGGAACCGUACUACAAGAACAACGGCGCACAGGACGACUUUAUGAUUUGCGUGGAUCACCCCUCCGAUGUCAUCCUGUUGCGGUUCACCGACCCAAUCAUCCCGGAGUCGUUGAGGUUGGGGCCUCUUCUCAAGACGGCCGAGGACUGGAAGAAUGCCGCCGACCGGGCCUUUAUCGAGAAGGACUUCCCAACCUCGGUGUUUUGCUACACGGAAGCGCUCGAAGUCUCCGACGACGCGGCCUUCCAAGCGCCCAUCUACACCAAGCGGUCCGGCGUGAACCUCAUCCUAGGCCGCUACGACGCCGCCAAAGCCGACGCGCUCGCCUCGCGCACCGGCGGCCCGCAAGAAUGGAAAGCCUACUACAACGCCGGCCGCGCCGCCUACGGCCUCUGCAACUACACCACCAGCCACACCUUGCUCACCACCGCCCUCUCCCUCAACCCAACGCACAGCGGCAUCAAAAAAGAACACGCCCGCUGCACCGCCCGACUCCACGAAGAGUCCACCGGCGAGUACGACUUCCCCGCCAUGCAAGCCUCCCUCACCCCGCAAUCCGUGCACCUCGACCGCGGCUCCUUCCUGGCCAACACGCGCGUGGGCGAGUCGCCGCGGCACGGGCGCGGGCUGUUUGCCACGCGCGCGCUGCGCGCCGGCGACCUCGUCUUCGCCGAGAAGGCCACGCUCAUGCCCAACCAGUACGAGCCCGCGCGGGCGUCGGCCGCGCUGUACGCGCUGAUGGUGCGUCAGUUGUGUGAUAACCCGUCGCUGGCGGGCCCGGUGCUGCGGUUGUUUGAUGGGGGCUAUGAGAGGGGUGGUGGGGAGGGUGGGUUGGUGGAUGGGGUGCCGGUGGUGGAUGUGUUUCUGGUGGAGGCGAUUCGGACGCGGAAUUGCUUUAGUGCGCCGAGGUCGACGCUGGAGAAUACGAGGCCGAGUGUGCCUGAGGGGAGGCAGUGUAAGGGGUUGUGGGUGCAUGCGAGUUAUAUGAACCAUGACUGCGUCGCGAAUACGAUGCGGUCGUUUGUGGGGGAUAUGUUGGUGAGUAGGGCGACGAGGGAUAUUGAGGAGGGGGAGGAACUGUUCCAGCAGUAUGUCCCCGUCAAACCGCUGCCUGAUGUGCGGAACAAGCAGUUCAAGGACGGCUGGGGGUUCGAGUGCGGGUGCACGCUGUGCGCGGCGGAGAGGCGUAGUCCGGAGGCGAUGCAGGCGAAGAGGAAAGAAUUGUUGGUGGCGGUCGAGAAGUUGUGCAGCAAGAAGAUGCCGGGCAGGGAGCUGAUCCCGGAUGCGAAGAUCCGGAGUGUGGACAAGUUGACGAGACAACUGGAGGAAGCGCACGAAAAGGACGUCUAUGAGGGUGUGCCACGGCUGACGCUGAUUUACCCGAGCAACUGGUUGGUGGCGGCGCACCGUGGGAGAAAGAAUCACGGUAAAGUGGUCAAGCAUGCCAUGAAGGUGCUGCGGAACUUUGGUUUCAAGGUGCCGGACGAGAGCGAAGUUUGGGAUCCGAGGGAGAUCUACACCAAGUCUGGCAACGCAACACUAAUGACGGUCCAUAUUGUGGCCACUCUCAGGACGCUGGGCGAGGCAUACGAGGCGCUAGGUCACAAGGAGAUGGCAUCAAAGUGCGUGGAGGCGGCCGAGUUUGGAUACAGGUUGGUCACGGGCUCGGAGAAUGAGUUGAAAACCUUGGACAGGUAAUCGAGGAUCAUGGAUGGUUGGUUCGGGAGGAUACACACGGGCGUUUGUAUAAUACUAGCAUGGUUAGCAACAGGGCACAGGAUUCGAUUUG